UUGGUAGCAUCUUCUACCGUGAACUAAACAAUCUCGAACAUGGCAGACGUUACAAAGCAGGAAGACGAGACGGUGCAAGAGGAGGCGAGUGCACCGAUCGAGGCUGACUCUGAGGAACCACUUCCCGAAAACACCAAUGGCGUGAAAACAGACGCUGAAGAAAUCCAAUCUCCCGAGAAGUCCGAUCCUAAAGAUAAGUCCAUUGGAAAUAGAAGAGGAAAUCGCUACCAUCCCUACAAAGAUAAACUUGGUGGUGCUGGAGAAAAGAGGGUUGCUCACAAGAACCGGGUGUUCAUUAGCAAUAUCCCCUAUGAUAUGAAGUGGCAGGCAAUUAAAGAUCUAAUGCGUGAGAAAGUUGGUGAGGUUACAUACGUGGAGCUCUUUAAGGAUGCAGAAGGAAAGUCAAGGGGUUGUGGUGUGGUGGAAUUCAAGGAUGAAGAGUUUGUUAAGAAGGCCAUUGAAACUAUGAACAAGCAUGAUCUAAGUGGAAGGCCUCUUAAUAUCAAGGAGGACCCUGAUGGGGAACAUGCACGGCGUGUGCUUCAGCGUAUGGGAGGAAUUAACCAAGGAGGUCGAGGGCAAGAUGUUGGGCCUGGUGUGAUGAAUUUGCCUCCCUCCAUUGCCAACAACCCUAAUAUUCCACCUGAGGUCAUCAACUCGCUACAGGCAGGACGACUGGGUACCACAGUGUUUGUGGCUAAUCUGGACUUUAAGGUAGGCUGGAAGAAGUUAAAGGAGGUGUUUAGCAUGGCAGGUAUGGUGAAGCGGGCUGACGUGAAGGAGGAUAAGGACGGCAAGAGCAGAGGGAUGGGAACGGUCACUUUUGAGCAGGCACUAGAGGCUGUGCAGGCCAUAUCCAUGUUCAAUGGACAGAUGCUGUUUGAGAGACAAAUGCACGUCAAAAUGGAUGAGAAAUCUCUUCCUCUUGAUGAUUUCCGGCAAAUAGAAAAAGCACCCCAGUUACCAAGAGGUCUAGGGGGUAUUGGUAUGGGGCUUGGACCAGGAGGGCAGCCCAUUAACGCCAACCGUCUGAGUGGAGGUGGAGGAGGCAUGGGCUCCAUGGGGCCAGGAGGUAUGGAUGGUCCAGGUUAUGGUGGAAUGAACAGACUUGGAGGAGGCAUGGGUGGCGGAGGUUUUGGUGGCAUGGAUAACAUGGGCAACAUGGGUGGCUUUGGAGGGAGAGAUGUGGCGCCCAUGGGAAGGAUGGGAGAUAUGUACCGAUCUGGGAUGGACCGGGACUUUGGCCGUGGUGACAUGACAAUGAAUCGAGGGUUUGGGGACUCAUUUGGAGGAAUGGGUGGUGGAAUGGGCAAUAUGGGGAUGGAUCGUAUGGGCUCCAGCUUUGACCGUAUGGCAAUGGCAGGAAUGGAGAUGAACCGUGGCUUUGGAGGGUAUGGAGGUGGGGGAGCUGGCCACAUGCGGGGAGGCAUGUCUGACAGAGGUUCCGGGUCCAAGGGAGGCUGUCAAAUCUUUGUGCGAAACCUGUCCUAUGAUCUCACUUGGCAGAAGCUGAAAGAGAGCUUCAGUCACUGUGGCCAGGUAAUGUUUGCAGAAAUCAAAAUGGAAAACGGGAAGUCAAAGGGCUGUGGGACGGUAAGAUUUGAUUCUCCAGAGAGUGCUGAACUGGCUUGCAGAAUGAUGAACGGAACCAAGAUCAGUGGCCGAGAGGUGGAUGUCCGUAUAGAUCGUAAUGCCUAGAGCCCUCAUCGGAGCGUUUCUCACACACGUCCAUGUUUAAACCUGUCGCCAAAACGAGUUUUUGUUUUGUUUUAAAAACACACGUGUUCCAUAUCUAAGUUGUUGAUUGUUUUGCAACCAUUUGUUUAUGUAUUAAGACUGUUUUUCUUCAUUUUGUAAACCUUUUUAAUUUGUUGGUUAGUUAAAUUGAAUAAAUACUUUUUUUUUUAAUUUUUA